AUGUUUAUGACAAGGCGUCUUUUGCACGCCUGCAGGAUUACUCUGUUUUCACGGGAUGACUGUGGCCUCUGCACGCAAGCUAAAGAUGUCCUCUCCAAUGUCUGGGAUAAGCGGCCGUUUCACUAUACCGAAGUGAAUUUGGCAAAGCCAGAAUUCAAGCAUUGGAAGAAUUUAUAUGAUUUCGACAUUCCUGUUAUACAUAUUAGCAAAGCAGAAGCCGGCGAAGAGGACGUUAACAAGACCGGAAAGGCCAUCAAAUUAAUGCACCGCUUCACGACAGAGCAAGUCGAGGCAAAGAUGGAUCAAGCUGAAGGCAUAUAG